AUGGAAGCUAAUUCAAUUGAAACUUUCAAAGGUGAAUGGUUAAUAAAGAAAACAGAACCAGAGAAACAGAAGGUUUACCAAGGAGUGAGGGUCAAGAUCACUGUUAAAGAGCUUUUGCAGCAAAGGAGAGCUCUUCAAGCAGCAUCAGCAACAACUAACACCACAAUGCUUACCACAAGCAACAGUCCUCAGUUCGCGGAGCCAGUCUCCUCCUCGUACCCAGCUUCUCACAAUGUCUGCCCACUGCCUAAUGAAUAUGGAUCGAACUUCAAUGAGUGCGACCAGUUUCCAGAAAAUGUUCCAUAUGACCACAACCCGAUCUUCUAUGAAAACACGGAGGUGUAUGAAAGGUGCCUUUCUGAUCUCUUGACUGAAAACUCAUUCACCUCGGAAGCUCCUAUCUCACACUGCCCCCCAGUCAGGCACCAGGCACCUACCUACUACAGUCAUUCAGCUGUGAACUCAGGAUCACUGGCUUAUUCUUCGGUGGAUUUUGGGUAUUCUACCCAAUGUGUCCCAUCAUCUCCAGAAGACAUCAGUUCAUCUUCACACUUGGAUCCUAAGUCCUUUUAUUCAACUCCUGAAGAGUACUAUCCUCACCAGCACUACAGUUGCACAUCAGCGUUUUGCUCCAUUUUCUCUUACAUGCCAGACAACAUAGAAAUGGGCCCAAUAUCGGAAAAUGCGUCCUGUACAAUGCCAGAAUAUAAUAACUAUUUACCUGGAAUUCUCACAGAAGAUAUCUGGAGAGGAAACUUUAAUGAAUGCUUUGACUACUGAUAUUAUAAUCAAUAGUGGUAUUGGGAAAUCUUGUCCUUCUUAAACUGUUCCGUAGAAGUUACCUGUAA